AUGGGCUCGCUCAGUGCCAAACUGGCCCUUGCAAGCCUCGCAGCUGUCGUCGCCGCCCAAGAUAUCUGCUACCCCCAACUUACCUCGGCCACCAUCACUGAGUGUGUGCCAAACACUGGCGCACCAAAACCCACGCCCUGCGGUGCUGCCUGCCCAAAUCCACUUGUCAGCCAUGGCGGACGAAAGGGCGGUCCCGUAACGGUGGCCGUGCCGAUGCCCUCAUGUCAGGAGUGCGGCUGUGCCACUUGCGUACACGCCAACGUCUAUACCACCAGUUUCGCCACCUUCUGCCCAGAGGGCAUCACCACCCAGGUCUACGUCGUCAAGGAGCUCUACACCGGCAUGUCCGCGCCCCCGUCCGUGACACAGCGCCCGAAGGUCCCCAUGGGCUUUGCACAAGGCGUCCAUACCUGCCACUCGUGCGGGCCCAAGCCCAUCACAACCCAGCUCAUCUACCCGGCCAAAGGUUGCCCCUUCGUCCAAGGACAGAGCGGGCCCGCCCCCGCUCCGGGAGGAAUACCCGGCUGGGUCGUGUCUCCGGAAAAAGGCGGCCCUGGGUUUACUCCCGCGCAGGAUGGUAAGGGAUGGCUCCCGGCCCCUCCGAAGCCCGAAGGUGGCGCAUACUGGGGUGGCCAAAGUCUCCCCGAGAGCUGGGGUGGAGCCCAAGGCUGGUCCAACGCUGGCCCUGGUGGUAUUCCUGCUCCAGGAAUUGGUGCUGGUCCUGGUCCCGGCUCGCCCCCUGGCCCCGGCGGUGUUCCUGGUGCUAUUCCUGCUCCGGGCUCCGGGCCUGGUCCCGUCCCUGCUCCGGGCGGGCCCCAAGCUGGCCCUGGGGCUGCCCCUGGCCAAGGAUCAAAUGGAGCCCAAGGAGGUGUCGCUCCUGCUGGUGUCGCUCCUGCUGGUGUCGGGGGUGGUGCAUAUGUUGCUCCCAGCGCACCUGAAAAAGGUCCAGGUUCCGGGCCCGACAAGCCAUCUGGGCCUCCAACUUCCAGCCCAGACAAACCCCCACAACCUCCAGUCCCCGGGGCGGGCGGGCCAGGCUACCAACAAGUGUCUGCCGCCUUUGUACCAACAAUCUUUUCGGCCUUGGGCGUCAUGUUCGGCCUCUUCUCAACUACAGUUCUUCUUCUGUAA